AUGAAAAUAUUGAGUGAAAGAGAUCAGUUUUUGUCCAAUUAUGAGGUUUUCGAACACUUGAAGGGCCUUAAGUCCAAAUACGAUUGGACUUUUACACCAGAAGAUGAAGAAGCAUUGAAGAAGAAAUAUGAAAAUUCUAAGCAUAAACGAUACAAAAGGUUCACAAACUGUGGGUUGGACCUAGAAGUUAUAACUAGAGACAUGACUGAGUAUUUUUCAAGACUAUCGUCUUCUAUGAUUACUUCCAAAGAAGGAUUUAAGGAAUUGAUGAUUUACUUAAAUACAUUCGAUCUCAUGAAGAUAGAGAAACUACAAAUUGUGAAUUCUUUACCUAGAUCAAUGGCUCAUUUGUAUGUUCUAGUUGAAGAAUGUGAUCAAAGAUUGGAUGAAGAGGCAUGUGAAGGAAUCUUGCAGAAGAUC